CUGCUCGGUUGCCAUAGUUACAGCAGUCGAAACACAACGACUGUCGCAGCUGUUCGACGAUAAGCAACCCGUGGGUUAGCUUUUUCCUCUCUCCACCAGUUUUCUUUAAUUGCCAAAUGUUUGCACCGGUGAUGCCGACAGUUCCUGUUCAGACAGUUUGUUUUGGGAGCUCGCAGGAGAGGAGACUGUUUCCUCUGCACCGUGCGCCAGACCGGCUGAGCCUCCAAAUGCCUCAACAGGGACUGCCGCACGUCGGCCCGGGAAGCUAUGACAACCACGAGUUUGGCACCAUACUUUAUGAUAUACAGAAGACACCUGGGAGUAAGAGAGGAUAUGGUCUCUCUGCAAGGACUGCUGCGCGCUUUCCACCAUGUGAGAAGACGGAGACCCCUUCACCGUGGCAGUACCAGCGGGAUCAAAGUGGUUCCGGGGUCGUCCCUCCCGGCAAAACACCUUUCAACUCAACAACAGAGAGGUUCAGAAGCAUACCGCGUACAUGUGAGGGGACUCCGGGCCCUGGGACAUAUGCUUACGAUGGAGGGACAAACAGGAAAGUGAGCUGGCCGAUGUGCUUUGGGAGACCAGACUGGUCCAGACUGCCUCAGCUAAAGAAGUCGUCACUCAGGGUGAAGCUUCCCAGUGAAAAGGAGAACCUUAAGCAGAGGAACAGAGCGGCCUACCUGAGUUUGUACUAUUAACGCUAAAGCGCAAGCAUGGAAGCUUAUCGUGACCCUGACAAAGCAAAAAGAUGUUGACUUUUUAAAACAUUUUUUCCCUUUAAAUUUGCCAUUGACAAAACAAUGACAAAAUGUG